AUGUGUGCAACAUCUACCUUCAUUCGUCGUUUGCAAUACACCCUUCGCAUCACGCUUUCUUUCCUUAUCGGUGGCUUUAUUACUUACGGUACACCGUUAAAUGACCAAUUAACAACACAAUAUCUUAUUCCCGUUAUGUGUAUCCUUGCUAUUCAGGAAACAUUUGGAAUGACUUUACUCGCUAGUUAUCAAAUGAUAACAGCACUGAUACCAUUAUCAAUAUUUCUUUAUAUAAUUCAAAAACUCGGCGUUGGAUAUGGAGAUUAUCUCGCUGCUGAACUUUUACUACUCGUUUCAUCAUUCGCUCUGUCAUAUAAAUGUACACAGAUUCAACCACGAAAAAUUGCGCUACUGAUCUCUUCGAUCUUCUUCGCCACGAUUGUCAAUCAGCAAAAUCUUCCAUCGACGUUUAUUUUCACUUUACUCGAAGAAUUCGUCAUUGGCAUUUCCGUUUCUUUACUUGUUUCUUUGUUGGUCUUUCCGCUAUUCGCAACAAUAGAUAUCGAAAACCGGAUGAAUUAUUGUUUAAAAAACCUUCAACGAAUGGAAUCGAUUGUUAUUCAAGCUUUUCUCUGCGAAGAUCAAAUGAGUGCACAAGUGUCAUUGGCACGUUCUUCAACCUUGGAACAAAUGAUACGUGUAGCAAUGAAUCUAAUUCAUACGAGAUUGAACGAAACGCAAAUGGAACCGUCACGAUUAUUACAACGAAUUUUUAAUCGACGACGAAGGCAUUUGAUGGAUUUAACAUUACAAGAACAGGAGCAUUUCGUCAGCUCGUGGAUGUUUCAUGUAUGUUCACUUCAAUUAAUGGUCAAACAAUGUCGAUUCAAUGAAUAUCACAAUCAUUUCAAACAAGAGCUUCAAGUAGAUCUUGCACAUCUUGAUUCAUGUCAAUGUAGCAUGGUUUCCGAUCUAACUUCAUCGACGGUACCAACUCGAGAGCAAUUUGAUGACCAUCUUGGUCAAUUACAGCAGGCUCUGAAGACUCUUCGACAAACAUCGAUUGAAGCUCGUCUUAGUCAAGUUGAACAUAGUUUACAAUCUGCGACGAAGAUUCAUUCGGAUGAUCAUCUAUCUCAUGCAUUCUUUCUCUUCCAAUUAGCGACAAUCAUUCGACUUUUGACGCAAGUAACUAACUACCGUGAAAAGCAAAGUUUUCUCCAAACCAUGCAGGAUGUACGAAAGAAGAAACAAAAAACAAAGCAUCGAAGUAUUCUUCAAGUUUUGAAACCUCAAUGGCCACGCAUAGCGUCUGCGCUCAAAAGUACGAUUAUUAUUGGGGUUGGAUCAAUUUUUGUCAUGGUGCCUCGUUUGGCAGAUAUUUUCGAAAACGGACAAUGGAUUUUGAUUGCUCUCUGCAUGACACAAGGUGAUACAGUUGGUGGAGCGUUAACAACAAUGAAAAGACGAUUGAUCGGAACAUUACUCGGUGCAAUGUGGGCGUACAUCACUUAUCUGUCUGUUGGAGAUCAUAUUUACAACACAUUUGGAAUGCUAGUGCCGUGGAUACUGGUUUUUGGAUAUUUAAAAUCAGCACCGGAAUGGAAUUAUGCCGCUGUUGUCGCCAGUUUUACUCCUGUUUUAAUUAAUCUUGGACGAAUACCAUACGGUCCCUCAUUACCAGCCGGCAAUUAUGCACUGCUUCGAAUAGAAGAAAAUCUUGUUGGUAUUGCUAUUGCAACUGUCUUAACGAUACUCAUCUUUCCAGUUUUCGCCAUCGAUGUAUUGAAAAAAAAUAUUGAAAGUACACUUCAACUUUGUCGUCAAAGUAUUAAUGGCAUGCAGGCCAUCUACGAUCAACUGUUUCAAAAUGAACAAUUCGAUGUGACUGUUGUGGAUAUGGAAAAGACAGCUGACCAAGAAAUCAAAUCGUUUGUUGAUGCUCAACGAAGUCGUUUUCAUCAGUUGAUUAGUAGUCAACGUAUGUUACUCGAAUUUUCUGCUCUCGAACCGACUCUAUGGUGGUUUCAAAAUGCAUUCCCUACGGUACGAUAUGAAAUGCUUGCUUCCCAACAAACAGAUAUAUUUCGAAUGUUACAUAACGUCGAUGCUAUCCUUAUGCGUAUUCACGAGUGUUCCAAAGACGAGACAAACCCCAUAAAAGAUCUUCAAAUGUAUGGAAAUGGUGGUGUGCUACCAAGUGCUCUUCACAAUGAACUGACCACUCUAAGUCGACAACUGAGCGAAUGUGUCAAUCUCUGGGCUUCGUAUUUCACUCUUACGCAAACGCGCUGCUAUCGUUUAGCGCGGGAGUGCAGUUUUUCGCGAACUUCACUGUUGGAAAGCGAUUUACUUAAACAUGAACAAUGUCUCAUCGAACUUCACCAAACCAUUCAUCGUCUUCAAACUGAACACCAAGGAACAGUGGAUCGAUUAUUAAAUUAUUGUCUCGAUCGUAUAACUCAAGGUGACACCAUCGGACGCAUUGUACCAUACGUUGAUAAUGAACGAGCCUAUGUCAUUUUCCUUGGAAUAGCAGCAAUGCACUAUUCAACUACAGAACUUGCUCGAGCUGCAUUAGCUCUUGGCACCAAUAUUCACACUAUCUUCGAACUGGAAACAACGAAACUUUAUCGAUCUUUUUAA